AUGCCGCUUGAUGCUGCCGUCAACUACAUCGCUGCCUCUACAAAUCGACAUCCUCAAGCGGGAGAUGCAUCAAGUCGCUCGUUGGUCGCAUUUGGGUCCUCCAAGCUUAUUGCAUUAUGGGACGCGAAGUGGAGACCGACUUCCUCUACUCGAGCACAUGACAAGUCCGUUUCUGCCAUGGCGGUCCUCGAGGAUGUUAUAGUUACGGCAGCCUCAGACUCUUCGGUGAAAAUAUGGAAGAUUGUGCAUGAAGAGCAGUCAGUGUUCUAUAUACACAUUGGCCACACAAUCUAUCAAGAUGUUCUCCUCGAGCAGCAGACAAUCUCUUUGCGGGGGCGAUAUGCGCUCUCUCUUAGCCUCUCACCACUUCCAGGAGCCCAAGGUGUGUUUUUUGCAUGCAUCUCUCGUUACACAGCCACCAUUCUGGCGAUUGGCGGCACAGACAAAAAUGUACAGAUAUGGACUCGCUCGGAUGCCCAGUUCGUCUCGUCCGCGAUUUUGUCAGGCCAUGAGGACUGGGUCCGCAGCUUAGCGUUCCGGCAACCAGAGAAAGACAGCGAUCCGCUCAUACUCGCAUCUGGCUCACAAGAUGCGACUAUACGACUAUGGAAUAUCGAGUCGUUCAUAUCCAAGUCUACGAACCGUACCGACGGCGAGUCAAGCACCGAAGUCAGUGACGAGCUACUUGACGCCUUCGAAGCAUCCUUGGCGGAGGUUGCGGUUGGCGAGGAGGGUGGCCGCCAGAUAUCCCUCAAGCGCCAUAUUCUCACCGUCAAGGGCUCACAAAAUAGUACGCAGCAGUUCUCCAUCACUUUUGAUGCGCUCCUCGUCGGCCACGAGGCCAGCGUCACCUCGCUCGCCUGGCGGCCUCUGCCUCCGUCCUCCUCGUCCUCCGCAGCUGCAUUUGAUCGCACCCCGACCCUGCUCUCCACCUCGACAGACUCCUCGCUCAUAUUGUGGUCCCCCUCCACCAUCCUCACCUCCACCUCCGCCCAGGAAAACGGCCAGGACGGCACAACGUCGCUUUGGAUCAACCGCCAGCGUUUCGGCGAUGUCGGCGGCCAGCGGCUCGGCGGAUUCGUUGGCGGGCUGUGGACGCGCGGCGGGGCAGAAGCUGGGCACAAUGGACCUGUAAGGGGUAUUUCGUGGAGUCCCGACGGCGAAUACCUCUUGUCUGCUAGCCAGGACCAGACCACACGCAUACAUGCUGCGAUUCCAACGACAUCUGGCGAUCAAUCCGCGAUUCCAAUUUGGCACGAGAUCGGCCGACCACAGGUGCAUGGCUAUGAUCUCAUCAACGUGGCCACCCUUGGACCCUUGCGGUUCGUCAGCAUUGCUGACGAGAAGGUAGCCCGGGUUUUCGAGGCGCCUCGCGAGUUCGUUGACAUUGUCAACAAUCUGAAAAUCGCGCAUCUGGCAGGCGAGGGCGAACGACCCCGCGCAGCAACUGUUCCGCCUCUCGGGCUGUCAAAUAAAGCAGUGAGCGAAGGUACAGUUCUACGCUUGGAGGGUGAGCUCGCUGCGUUCACACUUUGGCCUGAGGUCGAGAAGAUCUUCGGCCACGGGUAUGAGUCGAUCACAUUAACGGUAUCGAGGGCGAAAAGAUUCAUGGCCACAGCAUGCAAGGCGACGACUGCAGAUCACGCCGUCGUCCGCAUCUAUGACACGGAAAAGUGGCAACCAGUCGGGAAGCCUCUCGCAGGGCAUACCUUGACUGUCACUCGCGUAGCCUUUAGUCCAGAUGACAGGUUCGUGCUCUCCGUAUCGCGGGAUCGCUCUUGGCGUCUGUAUGAAUAUAAGGAAGACAAUGGCUAUAUCCCUGUAGCAGCUGACAGAACCCACGCGCGUAUAAUUUGGGACUGCGCAUGGGCUCCUGAGGGGGUUGCUUUUGCGACUGCGUCCAGGGAUAAAACGGUGAAAGUCUGGCAACCCAAAGUUGCAGACAACUUCGAGCAAUGGGCAGCCGUUGCCACGCUUAAAACGGUAGAGGCAGCUACCGCUCUGACUUUUGCACCCAAGAGCACGGAUGGAAGGAGCACCCUGGCUAUAGGGUUGGAAAACGGCGCUAUCCUCAUUUACUCAUGUCCCCAGGACAAUUGGGUAGACUGGCGGCUUGACCUCACGAUUGACUCAAGCACUGCACAUGUCGAUCACAUACAUCGCUUGGAAUGUCGGCCUUGCACCAACGACGCAGGGAUGCAGCUAGCUAGCUGUAGUGAAGAUAAUACAUUGAAGAUUCUGACUGUCCGUACUGUGCAAUCAGGAUCAGAGACUAAACACAGUACGUAG